GUCCUGGGCUGUGUCCUGUGCAUUCUCAACAUGCACAAGAAGGUGGAGAACUGAUCUCCCUCUCUCUCCACUUUCUGAGCAAGAGACUGGACAGCUGUUUAGGGGACAUAAGUGAGUUUUAUAUAUUUUUUACCAGGAUGUCUGAGAGUAUUGUAAGGAAGGUGCAGCCCUUCACCAUUGGAACCAGGCUCUCUGUUCCUUCUGUAACUAAAUGCCAGGAGUUUCCACAGAGUUAUCUGCCCAGUGAGGCUCUGGAUAAUUGCGUUUUACAGCGCAACCUGAACUCACUCUACCUCAGCAGAUCCCAGGUCUGUGCACAUGGCUCCCGUCUUGUUUUACCGACCGUCGACCAGGCAGCCCCCGUCAAAAUCCAGCCGGAGCACGUGGCGGCGGAGGACCACCUCAACCAGAACAUCGCCUCUCCCUCUGCCGUCUCCAGAUCCAUCAAAAAGAUCACCAUCUCUGGAAGCAAAGACCAAUCCGACUCCAAGACAGCGCUGGGACCAGUCACAUGCGCCACGUCUGGAAACAACAACAACAAUAACAACAUCAGCAGCAGCAGCAGCAGCAGCAGCAGCACUCCAGAUCAACAUCUGCCAAGAAUCGUGGAAGUUAGCUGCGAAAAUAAACCCAACUCUCAAUUUAAGGUUUUACUCAGCAAAGAGGGAAGUAAUGUAUUUCUGCCUGCACAGGAACAAAGUUGGGAAAAACUAAAUGGAGAGAAAUCAGUCGAGAUUUCACCACUUGAGCUGCAGAAAAAAGAGCUUCAGAGGAGAGAAAGUCAGCAGGAUGAAGCGCUGGCUAAAUCCCACAGUGAAUGCUUCACUCAGCGAAACUCUCUCUUCAACAAAGAAGCACUGCAGGCAGAAGCGUGGAUGAAAAGCAAACUCCAAGACCUGAAAGACGGAUGUAAUGUUCAGCAUCGCCCCUUGCAUGACUGGGAGGAAGCCUCACAGACGCUUCACAGAGACCUGAAGGACUUUGAGAACACCCUGAUUCAGCUCAACCAGCUGGGUGAACAGCUGAUCUGCAAGUUGAACCCAAUGUCCGACCUGGUAAAGAAACAGCUCAGUCAGCUCAGGGAGCAAUGGCAAACCCUGAAGCAGAUGGCCGCAAAUCAGACGCACGCUCUAGGUGGAGCCAGGAGCCUGCAGGAAUUCAACAGGAAGGUGGACAAACUGGAAGCUUGGAUUAAAGAGAAGAAGGAAGAGGAGCAGUGUCUGGUGAGUGUCCUGGGGGAAAAUGUUGACAAAAUGCAGCUCACCAGGAGAAUUCUGGAUCUCAAACAGGAUGAGCAGCUCCACAGAAACCUGCAUGAAGAGAUCAACAACUUGGCCCUGAAGCUGGAGAAACUGGGGAAGGCAGAUAGCAAAAACAUCACCAUCAGGAAGAAACACAUCAAUAAAAUGUGGCUGAAGGUCCAGUCCUACCUGAAAAACUACCACGAGAACCUUCAGGUCGCGCUGGAGAUGUCGUCUUUUUACCAGCAGGCUGAUAAUACUCUGGAUGCUAUAAGCAGCAUGCGGAGAAGCAUGUCUGCAUCCAAAGACCUGGACACCUUUGGCGACAAAGAAAUCCGCGACAUUGCUGGUCAAAUCAUGAUGCUGGAUGUGAGCGUGUCUCAGCUGCCCAAACUGCACCCCGGCCUGGCUGCCGGCGUCACAAAGAAGCAGGCCGAGGUGAAAGACUGCUGGACGCUCCUCCAGAGGGAUCUAAGGAGCGACAGGACGACAAACUCCCUCUCCAGCUCCACUUUCACCAGGGAAGAUGCUGACCUCCUGACUCCAGCGCGAGAAGCCCAAUGCAUCAUGGGAUCUGAGACACAUGGGAUCAUGGGAAAAGAAGUGAAGGAGGAGCAGAACCGUCUGAAAGGCAGCAGAAGUAUUGCUGACGGCCACAGCCAAACCCAGAGCAGCCAACAAGACGACCAACAAUCAGUGAACCACAGCUCUUCACCAGAAGGAAAUGACUCACUCAGUGUAAACGAAGCCAUCAGCAGACAUGAACUAAGCAGAAAGCCGAGAGAGGAGCACAGGCUUUCCGCCGGCCACCGAGGCCACCCACAGCUUCACCUGCAGCUCCAGAAGUUCACUCUGUCGGCUGACAAGACUUUGUCCUGGCUGAAAGACAACGUUUCCGUGGCAACACAGGUGUGUUCGAUAGCGAGCUCCGAGGGACUGGAGGCAGCCAGAAGGUGUCAACAGGCCCUCGAACAAGAAAUCCUCAACAACAGAGCCAGGAUAGAGGUGGUCAAAAGGGAGGGUCACGGGCUGGUCCGUGCACAGCACCCAGGCAGCGCCAGGAUUGAGGAGUUCCUCAGUCAGCUGGAAGUCUUGUGGGAAGAACUGAGGAGGAGGCACCAGAGGAAUGCUGUGUUUCUGCAGGCCUCUGAGAAGCUGGGCUUCAGAGUUGUGAAAGUGCUCCAAGCCCUCGGCAGCCUGGAGGCCUGGCUGGAGUCCGUGGAGCUUUCCAUGAAGGCAUCUGCCAUCGCCGGCGACCCCGAAACCAUGAGCCGGGCCGAGAGGGAGAGCUGCCUGCUGGAGAAAGAGGUGGCAGCUCGCAACGUGGAGCUCAGCGCUCUGAGGCAGGAGGUGGACCGCCUUCAUGGCCAUAGUCACCCCCACACACGGGGAUUGGCAGCGCGCAUGGAGGAGUUGGAGAGAAAGUAUCAGUGUGUGCUCAGUGCCCUGAUGCUACAGAGCUCAAAGCUGCAGGACACACGCAUGCUGACUGAGUUUCUGGAGCAUUUGGAGCUGGACGAGAGCCAAGAGCUCAUCGGAGGACAAUAUAAUCCUGAUCAGCCUCUACAUAGUGACAUUUCCUCAGUCCCCACAUUGCUUGGGCUCCAAAGCAGUGGUGUCGGAGACAAUCAGAUAGAAACUAUGGGCGACCCUGUGGAAGAACUGCGGGAGGCAGUGGAGAUGCUGAACGACACUGUGAGGGAAAGAGGUCGAUCACAAAGCCACGACCACGCCAUCCAGGAACUGCUUAGCAAGCAUGCCAGCCUUGCGGUGCGCCUGGAGGACUGUUUGUGCAGCAGCAAGAAGCUGAGCCUGGAGAUCCUGGAGAAGGAGACGGACAUGGCUGUGCAGUGCGAGCCGGACCGCUGUGGCUUCGGGCUGCUCCGGGACAAACUGGGCCACCUGGAGAUUGACUAUAAAAUCAUGAAGGAGGACAUAAAGAAGAUGGAGAACCAGGCUUUGCGUCUGAAGGAGCUGUGUCCAGAGAAAGCAUGCACAUUCGAGGUGAAGACCCAGUCUACGCUGCAGGUCUGGAGUGAACUGGGGAAGAGCGUGAAGGACAACAGAUCACGUCUGCAGAAGUUUGUGGAGCUCCAGGGCUUCUUCAGGAGCUACCUCGCCAUGAUCUCAUGGACUGAAGACACUAGGUCAUGCAUUUUCUCAGACACUGCACUGCACCUCAGGAAAGAAGGACAGCGGCCACUGGCGGCAGAGCUGGACAUCCAAAUCGAGCAGAAGUUUAACGAGUUUGACGAGUUGGCAGCCAAAGCAAAGACUCUUUUAAACAAAGAACACCACCUCACACAGAUGGUGAAGGAACGCAUGGAGGAACUGAGGAGCAUGCUUGGGUGGAUCUCAGUGCACUGGAGAGCCCAGAAACAACAGUGGCUUUACAAACAGAACAGAGAGGAACCCUCACAUGAUAACAUUUACUCUGAGGCAACAAUGUGGCACUCAUUUAAAGAGAGUUCGGUUGCUGACCCAGAAGUCUUCCAACAAUCACAUGCCAUCAGGACCUCUGAGGACACAACAAAUGCAGCUGAAUGUAAUGAAGAGAGCGAAGGGAAAAUGUCAGAAGAUGGGUAUGAAGUCAUGAAUAGGAUCGGCCCACGAGGCGAUUCUCCCAAAGCAAACAUUAUGUUGGUGAAGGAGAGCAGCAGCCCACCUGUUGGGGGCGCUGUAAACCUCAUCCUUAGCUUCGGGAGCAAUGAGGACAGCCAAGUGCAGGUGCUCGACCUACCUACUGGGACAGAUGAGAAGUUGAAGGAGACCUCUGAGCCUGUUCACAGGGUAAGUACUUACCUGCAUGUUAAGGACAGCACCCUGGCUGUGGCCCCGGUGUACGAGAGUAUCACCCUUCCCCGCCUAAAGAGCCGUUCUGCAGCCUCGAACUCCCCUACUUUAUGGCCGUCCGCCUCCUCUGCCAGUUCCUCACAAUCCUCCCCUGUGACUGACCCACAAACGACCAACGCCGGCUUUUGCCCCACAACGGGAAGUGGCGGCAGCUCCAUCUUCUGCAGCCUCAAACGGAUGAGCAAGAAGAGGAAAAGGAAGCGAGACGAGCGCAGACACACAAUACAGAGAAUCAUGGACGUGGAUGAGCAGACCAGUGGGAUGCAGCGGUAUUACUCUGAGACGGUGACGUAUAACACUCAAACAUGGCCGCUGAAGGAAGGUCAGAGGAAGAAGAGCUUACAGAAAAACAGAAAUGUUACAGGCAGUGAGGCUUACAUAAAAAACCCGCUUCUGAAAGACAUCGAUUCAGAGUGUUCAGGAGAAAACAGCAUCACUCCGUACGCUAUAUCAUCCGGACCAACGACUUCUCCAUCAGAGCCUGGGAGAAGCCACUGCAGAGUCCUCUCUUUGGGCUCGGUGUUGAGCUUCGAUCUGCCAAAAGACAUGACUCUCAUCCCCAGCAUUCAGGAAAUCAUCACUAUUGCCCCUCCAGAGUCUAAAAAAGCUGAUGCAACAGAUUCUGACCCUCUUUCUCAAAGAAAAACAGUUCUGAGCUCUUUCAGACAGACCCACAUCCUGGCGUCCAUCAAAGGAAGUGAAAUUAGCUCUUCUGAAACACAGGAGUCAAUAGCUGCAGCAAAAUAUCUACCUGAUGAGGAGGUGAGUUUACAGUCAUCUUCCCUGGAAAAACCUUGUGCCGGAUCAGAGGAGAAGGACGAAAUCUCGUCAGAUACUAAAUCUACAACAAAUGAAAUCAGUUCGCCUUCAAAGCCGCCUAUUUACAUGAACCAAGCCCAUAACUGCUGCUCAGUCCCUCAUAAACACGAGUGUCUCAGUGUCCAUACGCUCAUCCGGGACCUGAAUGGACACCAGUUCCAUAAAUGCACAAAAUCCCAGUGUGAGCAUGAAAACAGUCCUCAGCUGAAAUCAAACCAAGCUUCUCAUGUGAGAGUGAAUCUGAAGUCAACGAUGAGCGUCAGUGUUCGACAGGACUCUGUAGAUUCUGGCAUCUCCACCUCCAGCAAUUUCAAGCUUUGCACUGACGCUCCCUGUCUGGAUCAGCCCCGGCCUAAAGGAGUGGUGGGGAAACUUAUUUCCCUUGAGGUGGGAGGCAUAGACCCGACUACAAGAGAAAACUAUGCCGCGUUCUCAAGUUCGGCCCCAGAAUCCGUGAAUAUCAACACAAAGCCGGUCCAUGUCGACCACCAGCAGUUUGAGGAGGAAGAAGAAGAACUGGAGGACAUCUGGAAACAGAACACCAACUACAGGCAGAGCAUCUGCUCAGACAUCAUGUACCAGCCCAACCAAACCGGAGAUCCACUUUCCAGCUCCCCUCCUGUCACAGAGCCACCUAUUCUCUACAGAAACCUGGUCACCGUCUCGGAACCAAACCUCCUCAUAGCCGAGUUCAAACUCCCCUCCCACAUCCAGAGCUCUCUGGGUUAUGAGAAGUGGCAGAGCUCCAAAGAUCACCUCCCUCCUCUGGCCACAUCGGACCGGAGGUCCUGGGCGGCGUUUCCCAACAGAGAACCAGCUAGCAAAACUGCAGUGAUGCUGAACGAGACGGCAUCUGAUCUGGUGAAGCUUCCAGAUGUCGGCGACAAUCCGAGAUAUGUUUACCAAUACAGAGAGGAGGAAGAGGGGGAAGAAAAGGAGAUGAAGGAAGGAGAGGAGCUAACCAUGUACUCACAAAACGAGUCUAUGAGUCUCCUUUCAGUCAAUAUGGGUUUUAACAAAGCCUGCCAGAAAAAUCUUAAAGACGUAGCAAAGCCUCAAGAGAGAGUAGCCACAGGAGGGCGCUGUUUCAUCCUAAGUGGAAAACCGGAGCAUCAGUCUAUGGAGGGAACCCUGGAGAGGAAGCACAAGCUGCAGCUGGGAGGAAAGAAAGCUGCCUCCAGAGGCUGGAACUCCUACCACACUGUCCUACAUAGACACACCUUGUGCUUCUUCCAGGACAGAAAGGAUACACUGCGCAGCUCUGCAUGCGGUCUACCGCUGAACCUCAUGGGAGCUGAGUGCUCGGCUGCCCCAGACUACACCAAAAAACCCAACUGCUUCCGUCUACGGCUCCGUGACGGGUCCGAAUACUUGUUUAAUACCACCUCCCGCUUCUUGAUGAAGAAGUGGAUCAUGAAAAUACAAGCAAGCACAGGUCAAAGUGAGGUCAUGUCUUCACCAACAAAUGUUCCUGGUGAUCAAGCCUUCCCCAUCGCUUUAUGCCAGGAUCAAACCAGCAAUCUCUGCCAUUCCCAGCACAAAGUCACCCACACAUUCCCAAGGUUGAAACAACAGAGCAGCGAUCAAACCAAAGAAAUUGUCGUUCUCACCAGAGACCAGAGUCACAUGCUCCAGAGCCAAAGAGCAGACGAGAAGUCCAAGACCUCAUCAUUGGAUCCAAGCUGCUGUGAUGAUGAUGAUGAUGAUGAUGAUGAUGAUGAUGAUGAUGAUGAUGAAUGCAGCUUAACGCACACAGUGACUCACAGACUUUCUGUAGACAACACUUCUCCUUCUUCCUCUCACUCCCCUGCAACCAGCAGCCAGAACUGGCUCAGCAGCAAGCAUCGCUCCCACUCUUUUACAUCAGCAACCUACCAGAAGAUUAAACCCAUGCAACACUCUCCUGGAGGAGAAGGGGUAGAAAAAGCAUCCAACUACUGUGUGACUCUGGUGGUCGGGGGCAGUUCGGCAGACAGCUCGGCGAUAAGCAGAGCUCUGGAGCCUCCAGUGCUGCCCUCACCUUCAUGGCAGCCAGACGUGUUUAAGGACUCUGCUCUGAAAAGCUACUCGAGCCUCCCGCGACCUCGCAACAAAUCUGUCUUUAAAAAGUUCUUUGGGAAAAAAGAGCCCUGAGAGUAUAUACAUGCUGGUUUUUACAUUUAGUUUCUAACGUGCAGUGCACAUUUAAAUAAAAACACACUACUACUGACCAUAUUUAUGAGCUAAACACCUGUCCUAGUUAUAGCUUUGUUGCGUUCAUGAUAAAUCACUACAGAGCCUUAAAAGUCAUUGUAAAUAACCUGUUUUACGAGUGUCUUUUUUGAUCCUUCACUUUUUAAGUCAGAUAAAAACUAACACAACUGCUAGCACACUGCGACGUGUGCACUGUGUACUUACAGUUCAAUACAGAAGUGUACAUACAGUCAUCACUGGCGUGAAUGUCAUAUUAAUUCAGAACAAUAAAGGAUUUCUUUCAAUGAUUUAAAUUAAGAUGGAAGGAUAAUGCAGCUUUCAACUUUAGUAAUUUCAGGAAACAAGAGUUGGAUUAACAAGCUUAAACGUUUUCCGUAUUUUUUGUGUAAUCAACAAAAAGUACAUUAUCAAGUAUGGAGGUGGUAGCAUCAUGCAGUGGGGUUACUGGACUGCCAAUGGUACAGCUGCCUACUGGAUGGAAAAUUUUAGAAAGAAUAUGUCACCAAAUUCAUUCAUUUCAAGCUCCAAAUUACAUACAUACACCAUUAGCAAUAUACGAAUGCCAUUAUUAUGGGGACGAAUGGAAUUAUUUUAGGUCAUUAAUGGAUUUCAGAGUGCAAUUUGAGCUGAUUGUACCCUUUUUCUGAGCCACUGCAUUGUCAAAAUUAAACAUACACCGUCACUAAUAUCACCAGGUUGCGGAGAAACCACGGACGUCCUCGAAAUCCUGAUGUUGUGACUGCCGGCGAAAGGCUGAACGUUGUAAACGCUUCAUGCUCACUCUAAAAAUGCUCCUAAAUAAUUAUUUUAAUAGGUGAAACACCAAAUGUACCUUAAUAUGGCUUGUUAUGAUCUGUGGAAACCGUCUUUGCACGACUGCGGAAGCUAGCAUCCAUGUCUAUCUUAUUCCGCUCUUCUGGGUACAGCCAAUCAGCACCAAGGAAAAUGAACGGCACUUGUUGAUUGGCUGCCUUUUUAACACCAACCAAUAGCAUGUGAAGGAACUUUGCUCAAAGCUGCAUUUUCUUUGUAAUAUUUCAAAUAUGGUCUCUGAAAAAAAAACGAUAGAGAUAGCCAUUUUAGUUGAACCAUUUAAAAAAGUUAAAAUUUGAGUAUUAAGUCAAUUUUUACAGAAGAGGAUUAGGGCCACAGAAAAAAAAAAAAAAGAAUUCU